CGCCCAAACGAACAUGGCGCUGUAGUGUCCACAUGGUCUGGAUCUCCGGCUUUAUUUUGGUCCUUGAUUUUCUUGUUUAUAAUGCGGCAAAAGAGCUUUAUCUGUUCUUUUCCAGACUGCCAGGCGGCUUAUGACAAACAGUGGAAACUAGAGGCUCAUCUGUGUAAACACACCGGAGUGAGGCCAUUUGAGUGUCAGUAUGAGGGCUGCAGUAAAUCUUUCUGCACUAAAUCGCAUCUUACACGUCAUGAGCUCACACACACCGGCGAGAGACCCUUCAAGUGCACUGAAGGAGGAUGCUCUCAAGCUUUCACCACAAACGCCAACCUGAAGAAACACGUUUCACGCAAACACAGACUACAAGUGAAACAGUACAUUUGUUCGUUUGAGGGCUGCGGUAAAAGUUUCAAGAAGAACAACCGGCUGAAGACCCACGAAUAUACUCACAGCAAUCUGCUUCCUUAUGAGUGCUCUUAUGAGGGCUGUGAGCGUCGGUUCUCAAUCCCCAGCAAACGCAAACAACACGAGAAAGUGCAUAAAGGUUACCCCUGCGAGGCUGAAGGAUGCUCAUUUAUUGGGAAGAACUGGACGGAGUUCACCAAGCACAGGAGACAGCAUAUAGUACAGUGUGAUCAGUGUAAGAAGAUGUUCAAGGCUCAGUGGAAGCUGAGGGAACACCUGCGUGUGCACUCUGUGGAGCGGGUGGUGUUCCGCUGUCCGAGAGACGGCUGUCAGCGCUCCUACACCACCGCCUUCAACCUACAGAGCCACAUCCUCUCCUUCCACCAGGAGGAGCGCGCCUUUACCUGCACUCACCCUGGCUGCGGAAAGACAUUCUGCAUGAAGCAAAGUUUACAGCGCCAUAGUGUGGUACACGACCCUGAAAGGAAGAAACAGUUUAAGAAGAAACCCCGUCCAAAACGAUCUCUAGCAUCUCGUUUGAGUGGCUACAAUCCUCUAAGAAACCGUCCAGUGGAAGCCUCCAAGCCUGCUAAAUCUACAUGUGUAGUGACCAGCCAAUCAGAACACUUCAAAGAAAACAAUGGUCAAGUGGGGAGCUUAUCGCAGCCUGUUAAUGAGGACAGUCAUGUUGGCUCAUCGGAUUAUAUACUCACUCCAAUGAACUCACUCACGACUCCCAGAGCUGAAAUCGCCCAGUCGUGGACACACAACACUGAGGAGGCUGAAAUAAGCCAAUCAGAAUCCCUCAACUCGGACAGUGUAAUUAUUCUCAUACUAGAACCCCUUGUGUUGGACAGUCCAGCAGACAGCCAGAUAGAACCCAUUGAAGUUGAGAAUACCAUCCAGUCCGAAUUUGAGACUACAGUGACCAUCCAAUCAGAACCUGGUGAAUUAGAGACUACAGUGAUCAGCCAGUCAGAACCUGUUGAAUUUGAGAAUAUAGUGACCAUCCAAUCAGAACCCACUGCAGUUGUGAAUACAGUGAUCAGCCAGUCAGAACCCACUGAAUUUGAGAAUACAGUGAUUAUUCAGUCAGAACUGACUGAAUUUGAGAAAACAGCAACCAUCCAGUAGGAACCCAUAGAAUUUAAAAAUUCUGUCAUCAGCCAAUCAAAAGCCCACAAAUCUGACAGCAUAUUCUAACCAUUCUAACAGCCCAGUAAUCGUGCAGUCAGAUGCCAGUGUAUCCACGAAGGUGGAGUCCACUCUGCCAGAGCCUUUUAGACUUUAAGGAUUCUUUAGUAAAGAAUAUGGUACUAUAAGGAACUAUUAACACUUAAAGAAUCCUUAGCAUGAUUAAAGGCUUCUUCAGAUUCAGUUCUUUGAGUGUCCAUGGUUUUAUAUAGAACCAUUUUCUUUACGAAAGAACCCUCAAAGAACCAUCAUUUUUAAGAGUGUACAUUAUCCAGGACACUGUCAUUUCUGAAGAUCGUCAUGGUAACAACAUCUAGGCCCUUAUCAUUGGCUGCCUGGUCACUGUGGAGACAAACAUCAGCAGGUGUUUUGAGUGAACACUAGUAAAUAAGAAUAUCUUGUUUACUUUUUGGUCAUCAUGGAGUGAUGAUGCUCAUUUGAAGCUGAACUGAAUGUAAACAGUCCCUCUGAAAAUUCCUGAAAUGCAGCCGCAGAAUUCAGACAUGAGCACUAACAUGUUUGCCACUGCAUUUUAGAUAAUGGAGUUUGAAUGUUUGUUCAGUAGUCACAAAAAAAAAACGAAAAAUUACUAAGAAACUUUACUUAAUUUGCUUCAGAAUAAGGUCAAGAAUGGGUCGCCUAAUUUUUUU